AUGGAGGCCACCCGGAGGAUCCCUCUUCCAGAAUCCACUUACAGACAUCUUCUCGGGUGUAGGGAUGAGAUCACGGACCUCUUCCUCAGGAAAUUCAGUUGUGACGCGGAGUUAAGUAGCGGGUAUCAAUCUGCAUCAGUCAAGCCUGAAAUAGUUUAUAAGAAGAGAACCUCGGGGGGCCCCGUGGUCAGUGUGUGGAAGGAUGACCUCACUAGGCAGGACGCCGAUGUUGUGGUGAACGCCGCUAAUGAAGAUUUGGAUCAUGCCGGGGGGUUGGCCCGUGCUUUGGUGGAAGCUGGAGGGCCAAUCAUAGAGAAGGACAGCAAAGAAUACAUUAGGGCCAAUGGACGCCUAAAAACUGGAGAGUACGCAGUGACGCAUGCAGGAAAUCUCCCCUGUAAGUGUCUCCUUCAUGCCGUGGGCCCGGUAUGGUUCGAUGACGCAGCCGCCCAAUGCGAGUCUGAGCUCGCCGAAUGCAUCAGGAAUGUGCUGAAAUAUGUGGACAACCACAAGGACAUCGGAUCUGUGGCCAUCCCAGCCGUCAGCUCCGGGAUCUUUGGGUUUCCUCUCCAAAAGUGCGCAAAGAUUAUGGUGGAGACCAUUCACUCGUUCUGCAACCGCGUGACGCAGUCCCAUGUAACGGAGAUCCGGCUGGUGAACAACAUUGAUCUGACUGUCCAAGCCAUGAGAUCCGCCUGUGAAGCCAUUUUUGGACGAGGUGAUGACCUCAGUGGCGCCACAUCAGCUUCCGGCAACCAAACGCGGCCGGUGACACGCAGCAUGGGCGCCACACCACAACCUUCAUCAUCAGCGUCCAGCAACAUGACCGGUCAUGGACAGCCCUCAGCACACGGGUCUUCUCCUCACAUGUCACAGUCCAUCACCAUCAACGGCUUAACACUCCACCUGACAAAGGGGCUGAUCCAGGAGCAAAAGGGAAGCGUGAUCUCCGGGUACGCGUUGCAUCACAUGUACACUGACACAGGGAAGCGUGAUCUCCGGGGAAGCGUGAUCUCCGGGUACGCGUUGCAUCACAUGUACACUGACACAGGGAAGCGUGAUCUCCGGGGAAGCGUGAUCUCCGGGUACGCGCUGCAUCACAUGUACACUGACUCAGGGAAGCGUGAUCUCCGGACAGCGAUUAUUGUGAACUCCGUCUCCUCUAAUCUGGACCUUAAUUCUGGAGCGAUCUCCGCAGCCAUUGUCGGCAAAGCCGGGUAUAACAUGCAGGGAGAAAUCAGAAGAAAAAGAUCUACAGGCAGUCCCACCAUGAUCCCCACCAGGGGCUUCAACCUGUCCUGUGGCUUCGUGUACCACGUCAUUUUACCUUUAGGCCAUCAGAACGCUCUGCAGAUGAGUGAGAAGCCUCACGGAGGAAGUGGGGGGAUCAAUCAUAUGAUUGCUGUGAUUGGUCAUCACAUGGUACUGAACCACUCAGAUCAGCUCGGCAUGCUCUCUCUGUAUACUGAUCUGUCUAAUGAUCUCAGAUUUAGAACUGGGGAGGAUUGA